AUGAACCUCCGCCUGUGCAUGGGUCAUGGUUCCGAUGCUGUUGGCGGGACGAACCCUCUUGCGGUAGAGGUAAGACUUCAGUCCAAGCACCAUGCGAAGCUCGUGGAGGAUGUCAUUCAUCAGGCCUUUGCGCAACUCCAACUCUUGGGCCGCCAGGGUCUGGAGCCCGUUGGCGACAGCGGCCACGAAUCUGAUCUGCGAAGGUAA